AGAGAGUCGAUGCCGGGUUUAGCGUAGACUUGCCAUGGAGACGCUCUCAGAGGAUGACCUGUUGGCACAUUUGGCGAAGGACUCGAGGCACCGCUGGGAGCUGUCACAAAGCUUGGCAGGCAGCGGCACAAGGCAGCAGCUCGAGUUCCUCGCCACACAAGUCGGAGGAGACCGCCGGUCUGCAGCGCUGCUUCACUGGAUGGGCGAGGCAGGUGCCACAGCGCUGGCCUCACGCCUAGGAGAGGGCUGCGACGGGUUGACCCAGCGUAUGGCCGCGGUCACGCUGCAGGGCUCCGGGGAGAAUGGUUUGGCGGCGCUGGACGCGGUGCUGGCAGGGCCGGACCGCCUGGCGCGGCGCAACGCCGCGGAGGCGCUGGCCUUCUGCGGCGGCUGCGAGAGGAUGGUGGCCAGGCUGGAGCACCCUGAGGCGGAUGUGCGUCUUUGCGCGGUCUACGGCCUCUCCAGGGCGCCUCAGCUGCCGCUCUCGGCGGCGCGAUCUCUGGGAGCGCGCCUCAAAGACGCGGAGCCGGCGGUGCGGCAGCUGGCGGCGGAGGCACUGGAGGCCCGGGAGCGCUUGGGUGCCACGGCCCUCGCCGAGCAGCUAGGUGAGGCCGACGCUUGGCAGUUGGCCGCCCAGAGCCUGCGGCGCCUGGGCGCCUGCGGGGCGAAGGGCGCCUGCGAGGCGCUGGGCCUGGCGGUGCCACCUGCCCGACGGCGGGCUGCAGAUUUGUUGGUGGAGAUGGGCGAGGCGGGCGCCCAGGCAGCUUUGAGCUGCUUGGGGGACCAGCGCCCAGACGUGCGAAGGAGGGCAGCGGAGGUGCUGGGGCGCCUAGCUUGUGCAGAGCCGGCUAUGGCAGCUUUGCUGGAGGACCCAGAUCCCUACGUGCGCGUGAGUGCUGCGCGAGCGCUACAGGAGCAGGCCGAGGCUUUGGGACUCUCCGAGAAGGUGGCGGAGGUGCUGUCCAGCCGCAAGGCUUGCCAACGGCGAAGGAUCUGACUCAAAGUGGGAUUCUGCAAAUGGAUGAGUUUGCCCUCCAGGGUCAUCCAUGCCGCAGUGGUUGGACGGAUUGCAGAGUCUCUUGACCAGAGGUCAGCAGACUCUUCAGGUCAGAAGAUCUGACUUGAUGACUCGAUUGGCUGCGUUGCUCC